AUGAGAGGCAAGAAAGAGAGCGUGCGGACUAUGCUGGUGCAUGGAAGUCUUCUGCAACAGUCCGCAUGGAACGAACCACGCGAUCAGAGAGUGACCACACAAAUUAGAGGUAACCACUCACACGUCGAAGACAACCAAGACGCUGCCUCCGCCGUGACGUUUGGCGACAAACGUCGCGGAGCGAGUGCGAUGGCUGACAGGAGGACUCAGCAGACUGGAUUGAAAUGUUCGCCGCCACACGGUCCACGUGCGCGAGCAUCCUGCUACCAUGAUCGCGAUCCCCGCAGUCGGACGGCGCUCGUCGUCUUCGACGAUGACGGCGAACAUCUCGCAUGCACGACGCUCUGUUCGUUCCGUACAAUCCUCGUCCUCAUCCGUAACAACAAUGAGGCCCGCGUCCAAGCCUGUGUCUCUUCCCAGGCGUCUCUGCUCUUCCCACAACUUCCUGCGGAGGCCGAGCUCCCGCCUCUUCUGUUGUCUCCUCGGCAACACCUGCUCUAA